GACACGACAGCUGCGGUGACGCAGUUCCGGCCAGCUCAGCGUCGUCACGUCAUCCGUCCUGGUGCUCCCUUUUCCACUCUGGUUCACUCCAGGCUGUCAAAAUCGACCAAAUCUAAAAGCUUGUGCGGCGUCUGCAGACAAGAUGGUGCUGCUGACGAUGAUCGCCCGGUUGGCCGACGGCCUGCCGUUGGCCGCCUCCAUGCAGGAGGACGAGCAGUUGGGCCGGGACCUGCAGCAGUACCAGAGUCAAGCUAAGCAGCUUUUCAGAAAACUCAACGAGCAGAGCCCCUCGCGCUGCACCUUAGAGGCCGGCUCUAUGUCCUUCCACUAUGUCUUGGAGAAAGGCGUGUGCUACCUGGUCCUGUGCGAAGCCAGCUUCUCCAAGAAGCUGGCCUUCGCCUACCUGGAGGACCUGCAGGCCGAGUUCCACGAGCAGCACGGCAAGAAAGUGCCCACUGUCUCGCGGCCGUAUUCCUUCAUCGAGUUCGACACGUACAUCCAAAAGACCAAGAAGGCCUACAUUGACAGCCGGGCCCGGCGGAACCUGGGCAGCAUCAACACGGAGCUGCAAGACGUGCAGAGGAUCAUGGUGGCAAACAUCGAAGAGGUGCUGCAGAGAGGAGAGGCGCUCUCCGCGUUGGAUUCCAAGGCCAGCAACUUGUCCAGCCUGUCCAAGAAGUACCGCAGCGACGCCAAGUACCUGAACACGCGCUCCACGUACGCCAAGCUGGCAGCCGGCGGCGUUUUCUUCAUCAUGCUCAUCGUCUACGUGCGCUUCUGGUGGCUCUGAGAAGACAGCACAGCGCCAUCGUCUACACAUGAAAAACAGCCCCCCACCAAUAAGACUUUAAGACAACGGCACUUUUGCAGAAUGAUUCAAUAAAGCAUGACGGUUUUGGGAUUAGUGACCCCGUCCUGGAAAAGUCAACGUUUGGGUGUCUCAAAGGCGGGCCGCGUUCCAAACAGAGGGACUUCUGUUCGGUUUCCCGCCAUUUUGCAAAUGCUGCUUCAUAUGAUCUACAAAACUGUGCAGGUUACACCAAAGUGGGUUUCGAUGCUAGAACAUCAUCUUUUUCUAUUUUGGAAGAUGGAGCCUCACACUCAGCCCAGCACACAUUUCUGCUCCAUUGCACCGUUUUUGUCUUGUACAAAGUUUACUCGUGAAUUUCCAAGUCGGUCCAGGUAGAGGCGGGAAGAGUUGCAGAUUGCUUUUUUUUGGUUCUGUCUUGUGAAUAAAACAAAAGAAUUAGCACAGCA